AUGCUCUUGUGCGAAACGCGAGGAGGAGCGGUACGUGACAGUGCCAAAGCGGUAUACCCGACCGAACACCCCGUACGACAACUUUAUACCACCAUCAUGGCACCUUACCCAGAACUCCAUAUUGAAGCUACGGUCCCGCCCCUGGCGCCCCUCACGCUACGGUGGGCGUCCCGGGCCCUGUUUCACACACCGCUUGAAGGUGUCACCGCAGAGGACCCGGACGAGGCCAAACUUCAAGCAUGCACCAGAUGGAUAGCCCGACGCUUCCGCCGAAAGGGACCUACGCCACCCGAACGCCCCCACUAUGAACUAUGGACGGAUGGCUCUGUCAAACUGGGAAAAAAAAAUAUGGCGCUGCAGCCAUGA